AUGGCUACAGACUUUCGUUCCUCCUUUUCCGCAAGUAUGCGACAGAGCAUGCCACCUGUCGGCCCCUCCGUCGCAAACCAAUUACCCAACAUCAACUUCGGCUUUGACGACCUGCGCGAUCGCAUGGCAAAGUUUACGGCCCGGUUCGAUGCUUUCAUUGAAGAAGGUCGUAAACGGGUACUGGAUGAGCGCAACCAGUUUCGCAUGAAUGUUGCUGAGCUUCAAGAGGAUCAACGCAUGAAGAAGCGAGACAUCGAAAUCGUUCAGACCAAGACGGCAACGCACCAGCAGACAAUCGAGAAGGAAGAGGCCGAGACCCGUGAGAUGGAGACCGCCAUCAACUCACUCGCCUCUCAGCGCGACAAUCAUCUCUCCACCCGCGACAGCCUCAAAGCGGAAAUUGCACAGACCCAAGCCGAGAUCGAAACCCGACUUGCCGCCCAGCGCGAGUACGCCCAGCAUCAACAAUCCCAAUCACGCUUCAACGUACCAGAGCUGGACUUUUGGAUCACCAAUCUAUGCCUUAAGAUCGAGGGCGCUGGCCAUGACGAUCGGCUCAAAUUUGUGUACACGCAUGUUGAUGAGAAGGACUGGGAGCGCGAGGCUUGGUUUGAGCUCGUAACGAGCUCUCGCGACUAUGAUGUGAAGCACUGCCGCCCCAAGGUUGAGAGAGAAAAGGUCGAAAAGGUUCUUGAUAAGCUCAAUGAAUCAAGGGAACUUGUCGUUUUACUCAAGGGAAUGAGAGAGUUGUUUGUGGAGGCGAUGAAGUCUUGA